AUGGCAGCAAUGUUCAUCACCAGAAACACUCUCUUCCGCUUCUCAAAGUCUUUUCCUAAUGUCCCUUCACUCUCUCUUCCCAAAUCCUCAAGAGUCUUCGUCGCUUCUGCUUCUCACCAAUCCGAUUGGAGAAAUGCAGCAGAUGGAAAACGAAAUACUUCAAUGGAUUGGGCUUAUAAUUCCACUUCAAAGGCUAGACAGGAUGCAGAUGAGAUAGCCGACAGAGAAAGAAAAACGUUGAGUUACGACGACGAUGUAGAUUCAGAGGACGUUAAACAAUACGUACGUGAAGCAAAAGAGAGGACAAGGGUUGCUGCAAAUAGAGCUGCAGAGGAUGCUGAUAGUGCUGGAGAGAAAGCAAGAGAUUAUGCUUAUGAUGCUAAAGAGAAGACAAAGGAUGCAGUAAAUAGGGCUGCAGAGAAUGCUGAAAGUGCUGGAGAGAAAACAAGAGAGUAUGCUUAUGAUGCAAAAGAGAAGACAAAGGAUGCUGCUAAUAAGGCUGCAGAGAAUAUUGAAAGUGCUGGAGAGAAAACAAGAGACUAUGCUUAUGAUGCCAAAGAGAGAACCAAGGAAGCAGCAGAGAGUGCCGGAGAGAAGGUAAAAGAUUAUGCUUAUGAUGCUAAGGAAAGAACCAAGGAAGCAGCACAGAAUGCUGGAGAGACUGCAAGAGACUAUGCUUAUGGUGCAAAAGAGAGAACAAAGGAAGUAGCACAAAGUGCUGGAGAGACUGCUAGAGAUUAUGCUUAUGAUGCAACAGAUAAAACCAAAGAAGCAGUGGGUACUGUAGCAGAUAAGACAAAGGAAGGGGCUAAGAAAACGGCGGAGAUGACAAAGGAAGGGGCUAAGAAAACGGCGGAGAUGACAAAGGAAGGGGCUGAGAAAACGGCAGAGACGACGGGAGAGGUUGCUGGGGCGGCGACUGAGGUUCUGAAGAGUGCAGGAGAGAUGGCGAAGCGGACGGCGCAAGGUGCAUGGGAGACGGCUAAGGAUGCGACACAGAAGAUUAAGGAGACGGUGGUUGGGAAGGAUGAUGACGAUGAUGAUCGUGGUGGUGGUGUUGGUGCUGUUGUAGAUGAGUAUGAUCUUGAAUUGAAGAGGAAGGGUUAUGGUGACAAUAAAGGUUAUGAUCAGAGGAAGGGUUAUGGUGACAAUAAAGGUUAUGAUAAGAGUAGGGGUUAUUGA